AUGCCUUCUCUGAGGCGACCCACUUCAGCUUCAAUUCUCGUAUCUCUGCUGUUCCUAUUCCUCUCUGUCUUUCUCUGCCCAACUCUCGCCGACGGCGUCACUCCCGAGGAGGCCAAGCAGCUCAGGGACGAGGUCAGGGAAAUGUUUUAUCAUGCAUUUAAUGGGUACAUGGACCAUGCUUUUCCACUCGAUGAGUUAAAGCCUCAGUCUUGUGGGGGUGAAGAUAGCCUCGGUGGAUACGCGCUAACUUUGAUUGACGCUUUAGACACACUAGCUUUACUUGGUGACCGGGACCGCUUUUCUGCCUCUGUUGAAUGGAUCAGUAAAAACCUUCAGUUUGAUAUAAAUAAAACAGUAUCUGUCUUUGAGACUACCAUCCGGGUCCUUGGGGGUUUGCUCUCUGCACACCUUAUAGCAAGUGAUUAUGCUACGGGCAUGAGAAUUCCAACGUAUGACAACCAGUUACUGAACUUAGCUGAGGAUCUAGGCCGACGAUUGUUACCUGCAUUUGACACUCCUUCAGGAAUUCCUUUUGGAUCUGUCAAUCUGAGGCAUGGAGUUGAUGAACAUGAAAGCAAGAUUACAUCAACAGCUGGUGGUGGGACUUUGACUUUGGAAUUUGGAGUGCUCAGCCGCUUGACAAAUGAUUCCAUAUUUGAACAAGCGACCAAGAAUGCAGUGCGUGGACUUUGGGCUCAGCGUUCAAAGCUCAAUUUAGUUGGUGCCCAUAUUAAUGUUUUUACAGGUGAAUGGACACAAAAGGAUGCUGGAAUAGGAACCAGUAUUGAUUCUUUUUAUGAGUAUCUUCUAAAGGCUUAUCUGUUAUUUGGAGAUGAAGAAUAUCUGUACAUAUUUCAAGAAGCUUAUGCUGCCGCUAUGCAAUAUCUUUACAAUGAUCCUUGGUAUGUAGAGGUAAAUAUGGAUUCUGCUGCUGUUGUGUGGCCAUUGUUUAACAGUUUACAAGCAUUUUGGCCAGGACUUCAGGUUUUAGCUGGAGAUAUUGAUCCUGCAAUUCGAACUCAUACUGCCUUCUUUAGUGUGUGGAAAAAAUAUGGUUUCACUCCGGAAGGUUUCAAUCUUGCUACAUUCAGUGUUCAGCAUGGACAAAGAAGUUAUCCGCUGCGUCCAGAGUUAAUGGAGAGCACAUAUUGGCUCUAUAAAGCUACUAGAGAUCCCAAGUAUCUUGAUGCAGGACGUGACAUGGUUGCCAGUUUGCAGUACAGUGCACGAUGCGCCUGCGGAUAUUGUCAUAUCGCAGAUGUCGAGUCCCAUAAGCAGGAAGAUCAUAUGGAGAGUUUUUUUCUAGCGGAAACAGUAAAAUAUUUGUGGCUACUCUUUGAUUUGGCCGUGGGACCUGAUAACCUUGUUGAUAAUGGACCAUACAAGUACAUCUUUAGUACUGAAGGCCACCUACUGCCUGCAACCCCUGAAAUAUCUUUAGUGCAGGAACAUUGCUCGUAUUUUGGGGCUUAUUGUAAUACUAGCAACAUUAGACAGGAUGUAUUGGAUGUUGCAACUAAUCCUCGAGAUAACUUAUAUGGAAGGGUUGGCACUGCGUUACCAUCCAACUCCCGUUAUUCUGAUUCUACUCCCGUAUCAGGAUUUAUAAAAGGGAUUUGCCCAGGACUAACUCAUGGGCAAAAAUUUGGUAUAUCAUAUAUAUCACCAGGCCACAGAGCUCAUGAGGAUGACUCCAGGAACCAAGGAGAACAAACUAAUGGUGAGAGCCAUUCAAUAGUGAUACUGCAAAGCCAAAAUUCUGAUUACUCACCAUCAGAGAAUAAGUACCAUGAAAAGUUGGUGGAACCUCACGAGAGAAAACAAACAAGUGAUCCACCUCAGAUAUGAUGAUUCUGGCUGUUAAGUCAGGCGAAACUAGAAGCUUGGAACUGCGAGAUUCUCAGCUUCGAACUUGUAAAUUAUGCGGCAAUUGUUACAGAUUCAGCAUGUAGCUUUAGGGUGGAAAUAUAAACAGGAAGAA